AUGAUCAAGGGCUUCACAAAUGGGUCAUAUGGCUUUCUCCUCGACUGGGAAUUUGCUGUAUGGGUCAUGUUACAGGGGGAAUAUGACUUGGGCAGCACAGGGACAGUCCCCUUCCUUUCAGUGAAUAUCCUUUGCCAACUCAAGGAAGCCAUCACUAAAAGUGGAACUAAUGUCCCAUCAAUCCAGAAAAGUGCCUCUCUCACCCACAUAUUCAUUGAUCACCCUACUACUAUACACCAUACAUUUGCAGACAAUAUCAAAUCCCUGUUCUACAUUUUCAUCUGGAUCCUCAUCCUUUAUGAUGGGCCACUUGGCCAUGAGUGUCAAGAUAUCAGCCAUGAAAAGACACUUCUUGGCUUGUGGAGUGAAAAGGUGGCUGAAGAUCUCAAAAUCACCAGAUGUGCCAAGUUCACAUUCCUUAAUGACCCAUCCAAAUCAAGGCUGGAUUCUGAGGUCUCACAAUAUUUUCAAGAUCUAAUCCCUCUGGCUAAUGAGUGGCAUGUAUUGCUUGGGCAGUCCCUGCUGAGUGGAACUGCAGUGCAGUUCUCUGACACUAUCUCCCUUUUAGAUUGUUUCUUGGCCAGCAUGCUAUACAAGAAACCACCAGAGAUGAUGAAUGCAUUCCAGCAGAUCAUCGCCCAGCACAAAGCACUUAAUUUAAGCAUGCAUCCAAGUCAGGAGAACAAUAUGGAUGUUAUGUCUUUGGCAAUUAUGUCUUCUAAAUGCCUUUGUGAAGAGAAAAAGGGUGGGGGCUGCAGUGCUGGCCAGAAUGCAAAACUGAAGUCCAAUGCUGCCCCACCACCCUACAUGCCUCCCAUUGUGAAUGGUCCUAGCCCAGCUGAUAUGCCUCUGUCUUCAACAGCAGUAGCAACACCUGUCUUCCAUCAGUGCCCCACAGACUCCCAUUGCUUUGGUUUCAGUAUUCCAGCUCAACAGCUGGGUCAUAUCAUGCCUCCCGUGAUGGAACCUGACCUUCAAGUGCUCAAUAAUCCUUAUAUUGCUGCAAUUCAGGGAGACCAAGUUCCCAGUAAUACAUCUCAUCCACCAACACCCCAGCCCAACUACCAGUCUCAGUUUAUCCCCCACCAGCCACCUGCUACCAUCCCUGACUCUUGUAUCAACCCCUCCCUUGAUAGCUCACUCUCAUCGAGACAAACUUCAGCAACCACUGAUGUUCACCACAAGAGUUUGGAGAAGCUGUCAUCAGAGGGCUCCUCAGAAGAGGAGUUGGAGUCCUUGAGUAAUAACCCAUCAGAUGCAGAGGCUGGUGAGGUCUCCAGAAAUGAGUCUGACAAAGAACAGGACAAUGCAUUUGGAUGGGGUGCAACAAAUCUUAGGCAAUCAACUCAUCCUGGCAGUAUGAAGGACUGUCUUGAAGAUGCUAAGCAAGAAUGCAGGGCUCCACAUGCACUUUCUAACCCAUUCCCAUCAAAAUCUCACAACCUCAACCUCUCCAUAACAGAGGUGCUCAUCACUGUCAUCAUCGAGUGGAAUCAACAUGGUGUGCAAUUUGAAGAUGGUUACUGGCCUGACCACAAGCAAGAUAUGGCAUGCCUUCUCCUUGGUGAUAUAUCUACCUGGAGUUCAGAAUUGAAGUCGGUUACACUGGCAACCAUGCCAUCCACAUUCAACCUUAUCCCUCCUUCUGAUGUUGCACCACAGGGAAAAACCAGGAAUUUUGCUCACCCCACCCUCAAGGAAGCUGUCAUACAAUUCUACUAUACCAGGACCUAUCAAAUUGUGGAUAAGCAUCCUGAGUCCUUCAACAAUUCAGUUCCCCUUUCCUGUCUGGCUCUCAUUGCAGCUGUGUAUCAUUGUGUGUUGGAUGGAUUUGUGAAGAAUGGCACAGGAAAGACAAUGCCUCAAUUCUCUGGAAAGGCUUACAAUUCCAUUUUCCAUGGCAUGAUGAAGGUGCUGAAUGACAUCCUUUGUAAUCCCUAUCACAGUGUGAGGUUGCACAAUCAGCUUUCUCAGUGGGCGAAGGAAGGAUGGGCUGCACUGCAAGAGGUUGAUUCAAAUGUAGAGAGGUACCAGCACAUUCAGGCAGUCCUUGAUUGA